AUGCAAUUUAAUGAUCAAACUACUCAUCAUUAUUAUCCUAUUCAUAUGUCUUCAACUCGUCCACUACCUCUAUUAAUACCCACAUCAUAUAUUCAUUUACGCUCUCAUGUUAAUCAAAAACCUAUGCUAUAUGGUACUGCACAACGAAAACAUUCACAUCCUUAUCGAAAAUUUCAAUCAGGUACAACAACAUUUUCUGGAUAUACAAAUAUAUCUAAUUAUAAGAAAAAUAAUUAUUUUUGA